AUUAUAUUAUUAAGGAGAAUGUCUGAAUAUCCGAAUAUAAAACCAACUUUAUCUCUAAGUUAUCUGCAAAGUUUACGGUAACGUUAGUGAUAGGUUUGACGUAUUACUAUCCAUAUGAGAAGCUUAUUACUUUUAGUGUGCAAAAUUUAAGUAGCGUUAAUUAAAAAAACUUCUGUCAGUUCAUCACUUUUUAACUUGCAUUGUCUGUUUUGUUCAGCCGGCUUGACGUCCUGCUCUCUGACGCCCAGUUUUUUUCUUGUUGUAAUGUAAACCACUGAAUGCGGCAACAGUAAACGUGCGCAUUAAAUAAAACAAAAAUUGUUUUUCCUCGUGUUAAAUGAUCGCAGAUCAGACGCGAUGGCCUCUCAGAAUAUGGAUCCCGCAGCAGCAUCGACAGCAACCCUGAAGGGCAGCGAGACCAGCGUGACCGCGUCUAAAGGAUCCGUCAGUAAAAGGCUUCAACAAGAGCUGAUGACGCUGAUGAUGUCUGGAGACAAGGGCAUUUCAGCUUUCCCAGAGUCUGAUAAUCUCUUCAAAUGGAUCGGCACAAUAGAUGGAGCUCAAGGAACAGUCUAUGAAGGUUUGAGGUACAAACUGUCUCUGGAGUUUCCUAGCGGGUACCCGUACAACGCACCUCGGGUGAAAUUCAUCACUGCUUGUUUUCACCCAAAUGUGGAUGAGAACGGCAUCAUCUGCUUAGACAUUUUGAAAGACAAGUGGUCUGCGCUAUAUGACGUUCGCUCCAUACUACUGUCCAUUCAGAGUCUUCUUGGAGAACCCAACAAUGAUAGUCCAAUGAACUCUACAGCUGCUGAAAUGUGGGAUGACCAGGAAGCCUUCAAAGCUCAUUUGCACGCAACCUACAAGAACUGACUAUCAGCAUAAACGUCUGCCUCCCUGUUUUAUUGGCGUCUCUGUUUUCUUGUUUAUAAUAAUGUAAAUUUUCUCUAAGGGUUUUGUUUGUAUAUUAUUUCUGUGUUGUAUUAAACUGGCUUGAAGAAAACAAUUCUGAUUGAAAUGUGCCUUUUUAUGUGAAUAAAGAAGGGGAAACAUAA